AUGGCUGAUAAAGGUGGGAAGAUCCUUCCAGGACAAUUGUACAUUGAAGUGGAGUAUGACUAUGAAUAUGAGGCCAAGGACAAGAAAAUUGUGAUUAAGCAAGGGGAGAAAUACAUCUUAGUGAAAAAGACUAACGAUGAUUGGUGGCAAGUCAAACGAGAUGAAAAUUCCAAACCCUUUUACGUGCCAGCACAGUAUGUGAAGGAAAUACCACGAAAAGCACUGAUGCCACCUGUUAAGCAGGCCAGCAUGCUGCCAAAUAAUGCUUUGAAGUUGACACAUGGAUUACAGAGAUCAACAGAAAAUGUGAAUAAGUCACCAGAGCUUUCUAGUUUUGGAAAAUCUUCUCCAGUUCAAGUAUCUUGCUUGGUUCGAGAUACCAAUCAAAAUCUGGGACCGAACAAUAGCCCUGGUCAAACUCUUGGUUUGAGUCUGGACCUUACCCAAAACAAUGGAAAACUUAACAAUGAGUUGCAAUCUCCCAAGGUUUCCAAUCAGUAUAGAACCAUCUCCAUGGGUCAUUUUCCAUGUCCAGAGUUCUUGGAAAUAGAGAAGACUAGCUUUUUGCAUGAACAAUCUUGUGAUUCGGCAGGAGAAGGCUCAGAAAAAAUUCACCAAGAUUCGGAGUCUGGAGAUGAACUCAGUAGUAGCUCCACAGAACAAGUGCAGCCAACUACUCCACCAAGCCAAGGGAGGCCUGAUUCACCAGUUUAUGCUAAUUUACAAGAACUGAAAAUAUCUCAGUCUGCACUUCCACCACUACCUACAAGUGCUCCGGUCCAAAUAAAUGGGGAAUGGGAAACCCAUAAAGAUACAACAGGACGCUGUUAUUACUACAACAGAGGAUCACAGGAACGAACCUGGAAACCUCCACGGUGGGCCCGAGAUGCAAGCAUUAACAAAGGGGAUUCCCAGAGCCAUGCAGACCAUGAGCCUCUUUCAUCAGAAGAAAACGACCACAGUUCUUGUUACAGCCAGUCAGAUAGUCAGUAUGGUUCUCCUCCAAAGGGUUGGUCAGAAGAGUUGGAUGAACAUGGUCAAACCUUAUAUACCAAUGACUAUACUAAUGAAAAGUGGAUAAAACACGCAGAUGAACAAGGAAGACCAUACUACUACAGUGCUGAUGGUUCCCGAUCAGAAUGGGAGUUACCUAAGUAUAAUGCUUCACCACAGCAGCAGAGAGAUAUAAUAAAGAGUAGGAGUCUGGACAGGAGGCUACAAGAACCAAUAGUUUUAACAAAAUGGAGGCACAGCACAAUUGUGUUGGACACCAACGAUAAGGAAUCAUCAACUGCUUCUAAGGCCAGUUUUCCUGAAAAUGAAUCCUCUCCUUCUUCACCAAAGCAUCAAGCCACAGUCAGUAUGCAAAGUGGUCAAGAGAAGUAUGGGUUACUGAAUGUGACAAAAAUUACAGAAAAUGGGAAGAAAGUUCGAAAGAAUUGGAUGUCAUCUUGGGCAGUGUUACAAGGUUCGUCACUGUUGUUCACUAAAACCCAAGGAAGUGGAACUGGCUGGUUUGGUGUCAAUCAGUCUAAGCCGGAAUUUACAGUGGAUCUCAAAGGAGCAUUGAUUGACUGGGCCUCAAAGGACAAAUCCAGCAAAAAGAAUGUUAUUGAGCUAAAAACCCGCCAAGGAACUGAGCUUUUAAUUCAAUCUGAUAAUGACAGCUUUAUUAAUGAAUGGUAUAAAGUUCUUAACUAUACCAUCAACAAUCAGGUAGUAGAGUCUGAUGAAGCAUUAGAAGAUGAUUUACCAGAUUCCCCUGGGGUGGAAAAACAAGACAAAGAAAAAGAGAAAGAGAAUAAAGACUCUAAGAAACUUCGUUCAGUGAAAGCACCUAGCAAUAUAGAUUCCACAGAUCAGAAAAAGACCAAAACGAAGCUCAAGAAGUUUCUCACACGGCGCCCUACAUUACAAGCUGUCCGUGAAAAAGGCUACAUUAAGGAUCAAGUGUUUGGUUCCAAUCUCACCAGCUUGUGUCAAAGAGAAAACAGCACGGUGCCAAAGUUCGUGAAGCUGUGCAUUGAGCAUGUUGAGGAACAUGGAUUAGAUGUUGAUGGCUUAUACCGAGUUAGUGGCAAUCUUGCAGUGAUACAGAAGCUAAGAUUCGCAGUCAAUCAUGAUGAGAAACUAGACUUGAAUGACAGUAAAUGGGAAGAUAUACAUGUCAUCACAGGAGCUCUAAAGAUGUUUUUCAGAGAAUUGCCAGAGCCGCUGUUCACUUAUAAUCACUUCAAUGACUUUGUCAAUGCAAUUAAACAAGAACCGAGGCAGCGUGUCCAUGCUGUUAAAGAUUUAAUCAAACAGUUGCCAAAACCAAAUCAGGACACUAUGCAGGUGCUCUUCAGACACCUGAAGAGAGUUGUAGAAAAUGGAGAAAAGAACCGAAUGACCUAUCAAAGUGUAGCAAUAGUUUUCGGUCCAACCUUACUAAAACCAGAGAAAGAGACUGGUAACAUAGCAGUCCACACAGUAUACCAGAAUCAGAUUGUAGAAUUAAUUCUACUGGAAUUGAAUUCCAUCUUUGGACGCUGACAUUUUUCUUGGAGUAGAAACUGGAAGUGAUGGGUUGGCAGCAGUACUCCAUCAGAAGGAAAAUCUCUCGCUGUACAUGAUGUAUUAUGUUUGUGGACCAAGCAGCAACUUGUUUUUUGCACUUUUGGGGAGGGGAGAAAGAGGAGAAAUGUUUGACCACUUUAAUGCGAAUUAAAGACAACACUUUGGAUUUCUUUGAAAAGUUCAAUGUAAAAAGUGAAUUGAAAGGUUUAUAGUUUGCCUUUUUAAAGUAGCAUUUGAAAAAUGUAAUAUAAGUUCAUA